UACUGCUUAGAUGUUUUAAAAUAUCUUCCCCCACGGUGUACCAGUGUUUCCUCUCUGCACGAAACGAGGUAGGAACGAGCAUGGCGUUAUCCAUUGUCUUAUCUCUUCACGGUGCCGGCGCCGGGACCUCGUUUGGCGGCCAGUUUCGGCAACUGGGUCAUGAUUAUUUCGGAGUUUCCGGCAGACCCAGAAAACAAUUUUGGUGCUCAUGUUGGAAUGGGUCCUCUUUUUCAUCCCGAAACUGCAUUUGGAAGAUACCCUCUUCCAAUAACUUCCAUUUGAAGUCUAUGGAGUCUUCGCCGCUGUUCGCCGUCGGAAAAGAAGCUGAAGAUAGCUUUUUAUCGAAUAUGAACGAGGAUACGGAUGAUAUGUAUGAUGAUUUGUUCAAGAAACAUGGGAGUGUGGUAUUCAAGAGAAAUGAUCAAAAGCCUCCUACUGCAGAAGUUGAUGACGACGCAGAAAGCCUUUCAUUUGCUGUAUCAAUGGCGAAAGUUGCUAGCGACGUAAAGGCUGCCGAUAUCCGUGUUCUGUUUGUGAAACCUCUAGUCUAUUGGACCCGAUUUUUCAUUAUUGCAACGGCAUUUUCUCGACCUCAGAUCGAUGCCAUCGGAUCUCGGAUAAGAGAUCUUGCUGAGAAGAAGUAUGGAAGAAGUCCUUCUGGUGACGUGAAGCCAAAUUCCUGGACAUUAUUGGACUUUGGAGAUGUGGUUAUCCAUAUAUUUCUACCCCAGCAAAGGGCAUUCUACAACUUGGAAGAGUUUUACGGCAAUGCAACUCCUGUGGAGCUACCGUUCGAAAACCAACAGCCGUUUUGAAAUGAAAACCGCUCCCGAUGUGUUCCCGAGCAGCUGAUGCUGAAUGAGAUGCAGUUUCUGGCAGAUUGCCUCUGUUUGUUGUGUCCUCUCAUCAAAACAGCUACCAUGUGAAGUGUUGCAGAAGCAGCUGCAUGAAUUGGGAGUUCAAACUUCUGACUGCUUGAGGUUGAAGACAGUGUCACUUGGCAGAUGGUGUGGUGUUAUGAAAGCCCUAUCCCAAUGUUUCUCCUGUCCCUCAUAACUUUGAUUGAUUGAAAAUCACUUUAAAGUUGCUUUAUGAUACUUCGAUAUUUGUUUAAAUCAACCGGACAAACUUAUGAUUUAGAUCA